CCCCAGCGGUCCUCCAGCAUCCCAGCGCCCCUUGCGCGCGCUCCCGCCCGCCCUCAGCGGCUUCCGGCGGUGGCGGCGGAGCGGGUGCGGCGAGGCGGCGGCAGCCAUGGGGUACCGCGGGCAGGGCCAGAAGGUGCAGAAGGUGAUGGUGCAGCCCAUCAACCUCAUCUUCCGCUACCUGCAGAACAGGUCGAGGAUCCAGGUGUGGCUCUAUGAGCAGGUGAACAUGCGGAUAGAAGGCUGCAUCAUGGGUUACUUUUAAAAAGAAGAUUUCCCUGCUCACAAGCCAGUAGAAGACUUUCAGCCCAAGCAAGGGUGAAGACAGCUCUCUCCAAGAGCAGAGGAAGUCCCUGUGGAGAGAAGCCGAGCUUGUUAGCAGAACUCGUCGGCAUGUCUAAACAAGGAGACGAUUGCUACUUCUAUUUCUAUUCUACCUGUACCAAGGGAGACAAAUGUGCCUACCGCCACUGCGAAGCUGCUCUGGGCAAUGAGACGGUCUGCAAGCUGUGGCAGGAGGGUCGUUGUUUCAGGAAUGUCUGCCGAUUCAGACACAUGGAAAUUGACAAAAAGCGCAGUGAGAUUCCUUGCUACUGGGAGAACCAGCCGGGAGGCUGUCAGAAAGCCAACUGUGCUUUUCAUCAUGCAAAGGGACGUUACAUCGAUGGACAAUUCUUCCCACCAAGCAAGACUACACUGCCAAAUCCGCCUGAGUCCGCGGACGAUGAUUUGAAAGUGGCUCAGAUGUCACUGCAGCAAAAGAAACUUUCUGUCCAGUCAAAUCCCUCUCCACAGCUAAGGGUGAUGAAAGUGGAAAACUCUGAAAAUGUCCCAAGCCCUACACACCCUCCAGUUGUAAUCAAUGCUGCAGAUGAUGAUGAAGAUGAUGAUGGGGAGGAACCUGUGGUUCGACUAGAUCUUGCUGAUAGACAAGGAAAACGGAAAGCCUCCGCAGAUGAUGUAAGCACCGUUCCAGUGAAGCGCAGCCUUGCUGAAAGGCUGGGGAAGAAGGUAGAGGCUCCGGGAAAUGCUGACAAAGCACCCAAGAGAGAUCCAGUUCAAGUUGCCAAGUCUCUGAAGGACAGGCUGGGAUUACCUCCUAAACAGACCAGCACUGAGAGAGGGAAGGCUGCUAAGCCGAUGGGAGAGAUCCAUGUGAAAACACUGGAGGAAAUCCGUCGUGAGAAAGCUCUUCAGAGACGCGAAACUCAAGCCAAAGGCGAGGCUGAAGGGCAUGGUAAAACUGAAGAUUCCAGCGCAGGGGCAAGACCUGCUCGUGCAGGUCGCAUCAAAACUUUCCCUGAAGCCUUGUCUGACAAGAAUAAUCGCUUGGUAGAAGAGAAGAAAAAAGCAGGAGAAUCCCCUAGCAAGAGCAAAAUUCAGGCACCUGAAAAAGAAGAAAAGAAGGCAGUGAAAUUGAACCGGCCUUUUCCUACCCUUUCCUCUGUAGCUGAUGUACGGCCCACUCAGCAGAGUGGAACUCGUAAAUGUCCAGAGAAGAGCUUUGAAGAGAGCCGUUGGGAGAAGUGGCAACAGCGAGAACAACAAGAGAAGCUUCGGAAGGAGGAAGCUGCUGUCAAAUCUACUGCUGGCUUCUUUAAUACUGAACCAGCAGGGAAAGUGGCAGCUCAAUUUCAGGGCCAGGAAGCUAAAACCAACUUGAUGACAUCUGCGAAGCCUUCGGGUGGGAAAGUCACUUUCCCCAAGAAGAAGGCACUGAAACGUAAGGCACCUGGGAGUUAUCCCUCUGCCGUAGCAGCUGUGGAACUACGGACUGCCUUUGCUGCUGACAUGAUGGGACCUCCAGCCAAAAAAGCAGCCAUGGGUGUUUCAGACGUGCCGGAGCACAUCCCAGCCAUCAGACUUGAAGAAAAUCCCCCAAACAGACCUGAAGUGCGUCUUGGAAGCCCGGCAAGAUUUGAGGAGCAGAUGGAAAUCGAUCUCGAGACCUCGACCUCAGCUUCUUCCCAGCUAGAAGAGGCACGCACACGCCAGCUGAGUUCCGCGGGGAACGCGCCCUUAUCUGCGGAUGAAGAUUUUGAGAAGCUACUAUGGGAAAUCUCAGGAGGCAGACUGGAAGCCGAAAUCGACUUAGACCCAGGGAAGGACGAGGAUGACCUCCUCCUUGAACUCUCCGAGAUGAUUGACAGUUGAACCGCGUAGUCCUAUGGUAUAUUUAAAAAAAAAAAAAAAAUUAAAACUGUUCUUCUUGUUGGA